AUGUCCACCGCCCAAUCUCGAGCUGCCCAACUCCGUCUUGAAGAGCAGCUCAGGCAGUGUUUGGAUCGGAUCUCAGAACUUGAACGUCGUGUGGCCGUGCUUGAAGCUGAAAAAGAAAGUUCAGCUUUUGAUUUGGUCAGUGAUAUCGCCUCGAGUGUCUUGCCCCCUUCACAGACUGAUCGUCCCACCAGUGCCCGUCCCAGUCAUCAUUUGGAGGAACAAAUUCGUUCAGAAGUUCUCCUUCAGAUCGGAUCGUGGAUUAGGGCCUGUCUGGAAGGUCGUAGGCGGGGUCUUUCUGGCAGAGAAAGAUUGUCAGAGGGAAACUCUUGCUACUUGGUCUUCCGUGGAUUUAGUGGUCAGGUGUACGAUCCAGUUGGUGUCUUUGAACGAUUCAGUGAUUUGGUGCCCGAGCCGCAGCAGCAGGAGUGCAGUGGCCUCAUUGAGGCAAUGGCAUCAGAAGAAGAAGAGGAGGCUGAGGACGUUCCCGAGAUAGAACCUUUGUCUCCGAAGAGUUUUUUAGUAGUGCGAAGUCACGGCUCAGCAGAUUUGAAUUACUCUGUUGGUGCAUUCAUUCCUGGAGGGUCGUCGCCCAGUAUUCCUAUCAUUUUGAUUGCUUUCAUUUCUGAUCAGUUUUUGAUUGCGGUGCCCUUUGAAGCUUGGCAUCGCUUUCGUGCAAACCGCCUGUUUCCAGCUGACGGUCUUAGCAAGCCUUCCUUAGUUGAGGUUCCUGCUGUGAAAGAAUUGGAUCGUGAAGUUCUGGAAACAGACAAAAAGCUUUCUGUGUGGGUCGGAUUUUUGAAGCCCAGCCUUGAGCCAUGCCUCAAUUUCGAUCCUGCCAUAGAUACAACUUUUGCAUGUCAAUUUGUCAGCGAGGAAGGGGAAGAGGGUUUUGUUCCUUAUGCCGAAAGUUUGGUUGCUUUGUCCGACGAGAAGUUUGCUUUCUUGUCGGCUAUUUCAGGUGCAGAAGGGGACGGUGGAGCCCCAUCAAAACGAUCUGCAAAAGCAAAAGCUGCCCCAGAAGAAUCAGCCAUAGAUCGCAUCGCUCGACUCGAAGAAGGGAUGGUUGCUAUCCAGACCAGCCUGCAACAGAUCUUGAGGCAGGAUGCUCCUGCUGUCAAGAAAGCCGAGCCGGUCAAGAAAUCCAAGUCUCCAAAGAAGGGCCAAAACGCCGAUGGUUUGCCAGGCCUGGAUCCUCAGGUGGUGGCAUCAGCUCUGGCCACAGGAAUAGAUCGGGCGCAGUUGGAAGAGUUCAGCAAGUUGGUUGCAGCCGAACGACCAAAAAUGCAAGAUACUCCAGCUGUGAAAAAGGGUGCGCAGACCCGGGUGAACAUUCUAGGCGAGUCGGAGGACGAGGCGGAGCCAGUGGAAGAAGCCAAUGCUGCCGUUGUGGAAGACCUUUUAGACGAUUCAUUGGCAAUAGGGGAGGCAUCAUCAUCCAGCAGUUCUCUCACAUCGAACAGGAGGCAUGCUUAUCUACUGAAAGUGUUGCGCCAGGCCUUGAAGGACUCCCCCGAGGAAAUUUACAAAGUCAUAGAGGCUCGGAUGCUGUCAGAUUUUGGUGCUCCAGAAAGCGCUCCAGGAGAACCAGUUCGAUCAGGUACUUUCAGAGGAUGGGCAGAACACCGAUCCAAAAUUCCGAAUCUGAAUCCUUCUGUUCGAGCUGUGUGGGCUGUGACCGGUGCUUUGGAUUCUCUGAGAAAAGGAAAAGUUUCCGAGGCUCAAGCCAGGUUAGCCUUGUAUCUUUGUCAGCUGGAUCAAGUGUCAGUGGAUCGAGGCCAAUGGAUUUUGGCGGCCGAGGGGAGUUUGGAAGACCCUCCACCAUUCUCAUCCUUUUCAAAGCACACUCCUCCCGAUUUGCUCGAGCCUCAGCACACGAGACUUUGGCCGACAGCAUGGGCAGAGAGUUUCAUGUACAAGGUCAAGGAGCUGGACGAGUUCGUAGAGAGACGUUCCAAGCUAGGCAAAAGGACUCAACCCAAUGUGAAUGCCCCGGCAAACGAAGAUCAGCCGAAGAAGGGCUCAGGAAAGAAAGGGAAUCCGAAGGCAAAAGCCAAAGCCGCUGCCGAGGAGCCCAGUUCAUCCCAGACAUGA